AUGACCUUUUGGAUUUGCAGGAGCUGCAGGCACAGCUUCCCAUCAGACUUACUGGAGCAGGCCUCCUUUACCGAUCAUGUUGGAAAGCGCUUUGGGGAAAUGCGAGAUGUGCUCUCUUCACUGCUUGACGGCAAGGCAAAUCUGCAGCAUUCUGUUCACGAGGCGCUCAUUACAUUGGAGGAUUUGUGUGCGGCUGUGCACGAAGAGGUGGGCAUGCUCACAGAAAAGUUAAAAAAGGCCAAAAUGGGGUACCCGUAUGAUGAAAAGAAUGGCAGCGACCAGCCUGCAGCAGUCACAGAAGGGAAAAAAAAUCUUACCAGGCAUGCCAAAAAAGCAACGGAUUCUUCGAAAGAACUACCGCCAGCAUUGGCUGCACGUGGACAAUUUAACAGUAACUCUCGGAGCAACGCAAACGCUGCCGCGCUUACUAGCAUGAUGGCCUCCAGUAGUAUACCCGAAUAUAAUAGGAGGAAAAUGUGUACCGCUUUUGAACUCGUCUCGGCGAGUGUGUAUAGCAUUUUAGAAAGUUUGGCAGUGCACACGCGUGUUGACGCAGCGUUCCUGUGGAUUCGGCCACGCGGAGCAAUCACAAACGAACUUGUGGCUCCCUUUGUCGUGGGGCGUGAUCUCUCCAAACUUGCUCAUUCUGCGCCGUAUCGUUUGACGGAGAACUCUAUCCCGUGCGUGGUCGCGGACACAGGUAUCGCCAUAAACAUUAAGCCGAUAAGUGGUGUCCGUGACCAGAGACCAAAUGGCAACAUUCCACUGGCAGAACUUAUUGAGAGAACGAAUGCAGCACAGCUUCUUACACCGGUUUACACGCGAUACUGGUCUAAAGACAGAUCAGUUAUAGGAGUCAUACACCUCAUCGGAUCCCCACGAUUUCCUUUUCCAUUCAAUCGUCGCAAUGAGGAGGUCGCCGCGGUUGCCUCAAACCUUCUCUCUGUCGUUCUUUCCUCACACUAUGACGCGAUGAUUUUAGAAUGGGCGAACCACUUCUACGACCCAAGCAUUCUUCAUAACACUAGUAGUUAUCGGGGUGACCUAGACUUGCAGGGUGAUACAAAGGGUGUGGACGACUUCGCGUCUCCAGCGAUGCUUAUUUACCGCGAGACGAAGGAGUCUAAUGACGAGGCUAAUUCGCGUGAUGCCAGUAAGGCACUUCGUCUGGCCAUGAUGAGACAGGCCAUGCCAUUGCAUCCGAUUGCACACGUGCGCGACUUGCAGUCUUAUGCCGCGAAGGCUGAGGAGAAUUGGGAACCGGAAGCCGAGACGAUGUCUAGACUGGAGAAUAUCCUUCAAACACAGAGCGAGGAAGGUUCGGUUCAGGGCGUGGUCAAGCCCAAGGGAAAGGGCUCCAACCUGUCCACCUCCGUUCGACGGAAUCGUGAUCGGAAUGAUGACUUGAGGAGCCAAGCCCAAACUUUAGGUAUGAUGCCAGACAAUUUUAGAGGACCGCGUGCUUCUUUAGCAGAAGGAAUUGAGUCACCUGGCAUGAAAAAUCAAGCCACUGAAGGUCAUGACGACGGUGGGAAUGGCAAACGCUUUUCUUUUUCCAUAAGCAAAAAUAGACCUGUGCUGAAACCGGAGGAGUUGACCGAAAUCGAGCUGGCAGCGCUUCAACGGUUAAAAUCUAUGGACGUUGACACCACACCUCUUACCGGCGCUUCGUUUUAG